AAUUCGACAUCGUUGCCGCCAUUUUGAACAGUGCUCAGCAGCCAGGCCGCGUUUUCGUGACGUUAUUCCGUCCAAGACAUUUCGUCCAAGUGUCUUCCGUCAAGCCUUUUAACUACCAAUCCGGGCUAUGGCUGUUCUGAAGCCGUAUUAUUUUAGGCCAAACACGCUCCAAACUCCAAGAAAGAAAGCAGUGAAGAUAGGGAAGUGGAUAAUCGCUGAAAAAAAAAACAUUUUACUGACCUUGUGAAGGAUGCAAAGUCAGUUGCAGGGUUUUCUCCUUCCCGCAAAUUUCGUGUCCGACGGAAUUACAUCACAUAAACACGGCCUGGCUGCCAAGUACAGUUUAAAACGACGGCAUCCGAAGUCGCCACUUUCGAGACGAAUUUCUUCAGGAUAGCGGGCACUUAAGCGGCUGGACUUCGGAACCUUUCCUAUUGACACCACAAAAACACGGCUACAGCUUCAGGGUCAAGUCAUUGAUGUCAAACAGAAAGAGAUUAGAUACCGUGGAAUGCUUCAUGCCUUUGUGAGAAUUGCUCGAGAAGAUGGCAUCAAGGCUUUGUUUAAUGGCGUGGCCCCAGCACUCUUGCGUCAAGCAACCUACGGAUCUCUGAAACUAGGCUUCUAUCAUGCUCUUAAGAGGAGACUAGUCAAAAACCCCAAAGAUGAGACUCUGUAUUACAAUGUAAUUGCCGGUGUUAUUGCUGGGGCUGUCUCAUCCGCUAUUUGCAACCCGACUGAUGUUUUGAAGAUUCGAAUGCAGGCAGAAUAUCGUUCGGGUACCAGUGUAGUGAGAAAGGGAAUGAUUCAUUCCUUUAUGUCCAUAUUCAAAGAGGAAGGAGCAAGAGGACUCUAUCGGGGAGUUGGCCCCACAGCACAGAGAGCUGCAGUUAUUGCAGGAGUAGAGCUUCCAGUUUAUGACUGGUGUAAAAAAAAGAUUUUGGAUUACAAAAUCAUGGGUGACAACCCAUAUACUCAUUUCUGUGCUAGUGGUGUAGCAGGUUUUGCAGGAGCUGUUGCAUCAAAUCCCAUUGAUGUGGUCAAGACAAGAAUGAUGAAUCAAAGAAACUUGAAAUUAAAACCUGGUGAUGGGACAGUGAUCUACAGAAGUGCCGCACACUGUUUGGUUACAACUUUCAAGUCUGAGGGGUUUUUUGCACUUUAUAGAGGAUUUGUACCGCAGUUUUUGCGAUUAUUCCCAUGGAAUGUUAUUUUCUUUAUGUCAUUUGAACAGUACAAGAAGUUUGGAGACAAAACUUUGUUGUAGGAAGUAGAUAUUUCAGCUGUUAGAUCUUUGCAUAUUAGGAUUAUAUUGAAUUUCAAAAUUUUAUAAAUAUAAUCAUAUUCUGAUAUCACCAAAUUAAUUUAUUAAUUUUCCAAUGGUGCUUUUUUAUUAUCGUGCUAAUGAAUAGGCUCAAUUACCAGCCGCUAUUCGGGAAAGGAGCCCGCGCUCCUCCCCCAAAAACGUAGACCUGACUCGAGAAAGUGGUGGAAAUCGAGCCUGGCUAAUGAAUUGGAAAGUUGAAUCAUGUCUAUUGGUUAUCGUACAGUACCCAUCUCCACUGAUCAGGAGUACAAAUGAGUACCAGCAUUGUGCUGAUCCAGAAAAUAUCCAUACCCACACCAAGGAUGGUCAUUGGAAUUUCUGAGGGGGUGUGGGGUGGGGGGUAGGGGGGGGAGUUAAACUGGAAAUUCCCAUGAGAGGGUUUAAAACUAAAUAGCCAUUUUUGGUGGAGGUAUGGAUGUUUUCUGGAACAACACAUUCUGUUAAGCUGAUGAUCAUGAAAUGCUAGGGGUGAAAAAACAUUCCUUCUUGGGAGAGUAGCAAAACUCCUUGUAGCAUUAUAAUUAUGUCUAAUGACACCAUAGUUUAACAGAUGAGUGACCAGUCUCAUAGAACACCUAUGUGAACAGAAGAGAAUUUCACUUGUGCACAACCAGUAAACACAUCAUUUACACCAAAAGAUUUUAUUGCAAAACAAUCACAAAAUAAGCAAUGUUAAUUAACUUAGGACUGUUCUUUCAAUUAUGUAUAGGUAUGGUUUAUUGACAGACGGAAAUGGGAAGAUGAUUUGUUGAAAAAUUCAUUAAUAGAAAAACAAAUGUAUAUUUAACAGUAACUGUAAUAUAAUCAAUUUUUCUGUCAAAUAUGACUCUUGCCUAGAUCUUUGCAUCUGUCAGGACAUAGGAUUUAGUGUAAAUUGAAAGGAAUUUCCUCUUUGCGCCACCAUAAACUAAUCAAACUGUGGCGAAAGAAAAGAAUACAAAUGUUUAGAGUUAAAAACCAAUUGUAACCUAUUUUUUGCCUAUAGUAUUCAAGAUGACAUAUAUUAAAACUUGUUAUUUUUUUCUCAUAAAAUGAUUGCUUAUAAAAUUCUGGCAGAAGAAAUUUUUAAAAACGCUUUAUAUUUCUUGAAAAAUAAUUCCAAAGUAAAAAGCGAUACGGUAGUUACAAUUAUUUAUUGACAAUUUUGUCAAUGUUACUUGGGCUUUCAAAUUUGGUUUUAAAGCAAGAGAGAAUAUUGUCCGCGUGACAUUUUAUUGGCACUGUAAGGAGAAAGAGGAACUGGAUCACUAAGUAAAAUGAUUCAAGGCUUUCUCCAACGCCACUUGUACGUGCUCCUAAAGAAUAAUGGCUCUCGGAUAGCAUUUAAUUGUUCAUUAAAAGUAACGUAGCCUUCUUGCA